AUGUUGCACGUUGUCGGCAUCGCCGAUGUUGUGUCUGACUACCGGAAGGACGCCAAGCCGACCCUGAUUAAGAAACCAGCACGGGCAGCGCUGCCGCGGGUGACGCUAGUCUGGAUACUGCUGGAGCGCCCUGCUGGCCAGGCCACCGCCGGCUCCACCACUCUGGAGCCAGGCGUGGGAUUGACGACAAGCGCGCCAUGGCCAUCGUGGAGAGUUGCAUGUGUUGCCGCGCGUGCGGAGCAGGGCAGCAGCGCCUUCGCAUUUCUGCGCGGCGCGGCGGAACUGGCGGACUUGUGGCAAGAGCGCGGCCUGAUCGGCAGGCAGCUGGACCAGCGGAACAGCCUUGUUCCUUGUUCCAGCAGUCAGGACCACUCGUACUACAACGAGGGCGAACAGCUGCGGGAGAUGGCGAGCGCGGCCUCGUCCUGCGCGGCGCCAUUCGGCAGGAGGAACAUGAUCUGGCGUCGGUUCGCUUUGUGCCGGAUCGCUGCCUCGGACCUCCUCGGCGUCGUUGCGUCCGUCGGGGGGGCCGACCCCGAUGACGCCAGGGGUUGCUCGGGGAAAAGGCUGAUUAUAUCCGGGGCCGGCGGAUAA